ACUAUCACCUGAAAAAUCUAUACAUGUGAAUCAGCCAAAGUAUGAACCACCCCAAAUGCCUCUCACCCUUUCUCUUUGCACAUAAAAUUAAGUAAACAUAAAGAAUCAGUUACAAGAGUCAAGACAGACAGGAAUAGUGCAUGCAUUUCAACUUAGAUAAUCCUUCUUAUUUUCUUAACUAUACCAACUCCAACAUUGCAUGAUUAAACCACUGCCAAAUCAUUAUUCCACAUUCCUUUGUGCUUAUAUAUAGUCCUCUAACUCAAGUCAAUUCUCAAAUCAAUCAUAUCUGUCUUAUUAACUUUGAUCAUCUUUAGCAUUCCAUUUUCAUCAUAUUUAGAAAACAUGGGUGUACAUGAAAUCAUUCUAAGAGUAUCUUUUGUGGCUAUGCUAAUCAAAUUGGCCAUGGCUACAAAUCACAUUGUUGGAGGACCAAUUGGUGGAUGGGAUACAAACUCAAACCUUCAAUCAUGGACAUCUUCCCAACAGUUUUCAGUGGGAGACAAUCUUAUUUUCCAAUAUCCACCAAACCAUGAUGUGGUUGAAGUUACAAAAGCAGACUAUGACUCCUGCCAGCAAACAAAUCCAAUUCAAUCUUACAAUGAUGGUGCCACAAGCAUCCCUCUCACAUCAACAGGGAAAAGAUAUUUCAUUUGUGGGACAAUAGGACAUUGCAGCCAAGGAAUGAAGGUUGAAAUUGACACGCUUGCCGCUCAAGUUUCUCCUGCCUCACCAGUAGCAGCAGCACCUUCAAUAGCAGACUCUCCAAUGAUUUCCAUCAUUCCCUCUGCAGCACCUGCAGAAUCUACUGUUUCAUCUGCAGAAUCUCCUGAAGCAUCAAGUCCUUUGUUUGAAGCACAAGUGGAAAGUCCUACACUCUCUCCAAUGAUUCCAUCCACCGAGUUUCUAGCUCCUUCCUCUCCUAUAGCACAACAUUCACAGGAUGUAUCGGCCUCAUCAACCGAGAAAGGAAAUCUUCAAGCCUUCAUUUCAAUAGUGUUGAGUUUAGUAGUGGUGUUUAUGGCCUUCUAAGGAUGAGAAAAAUCCGACUCAACUCAACCAUUUUUAUUGAGUCUAUUUUGUGUUGAAAUUUGUUUUUGGUGUGUCUUUGUUACUUUGGUGUGAUUAUUGUUGCUUACAAUUUCAGUGAUAUCGCUGUUUUCAUUUUAGUUUGAUAAAAAUAUAUCUAUUCUCUAGUCAA